UUUGAUCGUAGGGAUCUUGCGUAUGUGAAAACUGCAUAUGUCACCAGUCUACGGUGGACUAGUGUGGUCAGAUAUUUGCCAAAGGCAGGCUGGUGGUGUCUAACUACAUAUACAAACUCAUACAGAUAUGAAUAUUGUUUUGAUACUUUUCGCUUCGGCUGUUUCUAUUGCAGGGACACAUGGCGACGACUUUGUGACGAGCUACAUACCAGUUGUCGCUUUUACGCAAGGACAAACAUCCCAUCUUUAUCUAACCCAGGGCGAAAUCCUCAGCUAUAACAAACUCAUCACGAAGUUCAACUCAGUCAUCGAUACCAACGGUGUAUUUACAGCCGAUACUGCAGGGCUUUACGCUUUUCAUUUCUACUCCCUUACCAAAGUCAACACACGACUAUGGUUGGAGAUUAUGAUGAAUGAUAACCUAGUGGCGUCGGCCUAUGCUCAUUCCUCCAGUUCAAAUGGAUACGCUGACGCUGGCAACUCUGUGAUAUUGGAACUUACUAGUGGUGACACUGUUUACGUUAAGGCACACGACCAAUACGAGAAUAUCUUAUACGGAAAAAAUGACCAGAUUUACACGACAUUUACAGGCGUUUUGAUCGAUUCAGGGUAUUAUGAGCAAGAAGAAAUCGACAGGAAUAUUCCGACUGGGUUCUCUGUGGGUCUGGAUCACCAUCAGACGAUUCUAAAUGGUUCUAAUGUACCAUUUGACGUUGACCUCAUGAACAGGUCCAGUGAAGGCGGUUACAACUUCACAGCCCAUGAAUUCGUAGCAGUACAUGAGGGACUCUACAUAUUCCAUUUCCAUGCAUUGUCUAAAGCUAACAAUAAAGUUUGGAUAGAGUUGUUUAACAACGACCAGUAUGUGCUUGCGGCCUACGCCUAUACCACCAACGAGUUUGGUGACGCCGGAAACACCGCCAUUCUUCGUCUGAUGCAGAACGAUCAUGUGACUAUCAAGGCGAGACCCGGAAAUGACGUUGAGAUUUUUGGUAAACCUACCGAAGUGUAUGCUACCUUCUCUGGUGCACUCCUUUCACUUAGUCUACCAGGAACUGAAAAACCAGCAACAGAGUUUGAAGAAAUGGCGUUUACUGUUGGAUUAACCCACGACAUUAGCCUACCAGCUCAUUCCAAGGUACCUUACGAUCGUCUCUACACGAACUAUGGGAGGGGCUUUGACAUGAAUACAAAGGUAUUCACCGCCAAAUUACACGGAGUUUACAUAUUCCAUUUUCAUGGUCUUUCACAAAACGGACAAGAACUUUACCUUGAUCUUUACCAUAAUUAUAAAUAUGUCACUUCCGCCUAUGCUUUUGACGCAAGCUCGUUUUCCGCCGGAAGUAAUGCGGCUACACUUUCCCUCCUUGCGGGUGACCAGGUGUACGUAAGUGUGAGAGGUAGUUCCGGACUCUUUGGCAGGAAUGAUGAGGUGUACUGUACUUUCUCGGGAUAUCUGGUAGCUCCGUUUCCCCAGUACCAACCAAUAGUUGGCUAGAGAGAGAAAAUAUUUUAUUCCAAACGUUUUAUAUUAUUCUAUAGAUACACUUUAUAUACUAAAACAGAAAUAUUGUGCUGUUUUUAGUAUAAUAUUUAUUAAUAAGUCAUUGGUCAUAGCUGUAACUUUGUUAUUUGGGACAUGUUACAUUGAUGAGCAGUAUAAGAAUUAAAUAAAACGAUAAAUACU